UGCGAGUCAGAUUCGUUAACCACUGAGCCACAAUGGGAACUCCUUAAUUAGCCUUCUUUAAAUAGGCUUAAAAAAAAAACCUUUAAAAGCGUAUGCUUUGAAGGCAUAGAAAACUUCUAGUUUGGCAUGUAUUUAUUUAGUGGAAGAGGAGGAAGGAGUUGUUAUUUGAUGAAAAAUUUAGAACAAAUUAAGAGCCCUCCCUUUACACAGUGGUUCAUUUCGGGGGCGUAAUUCCCUAAACUAGUCCUGCCCAAUUAACAUGUUUUGUUUUAAUGCAUGUAAACAUAUGAGACACUUACGGAUUUAAAUGGUUUGUAAUUUGUUCCAUGCUAUUUUAAGGACUUAUGAAGAUGACUGCUAUGUUCUGAUUGAGAAAGACUUUUUGCCUUUUUGCAUUUUAAUAACCUGUUUGAGGGUUACUGAACGGAUCCGUUUCUUAGAGGUUUUGUGUAGAAGUCAGGGCAAGAUGCAGUCUGCAGGCAACAAGGCCAGCUUGCUGGAAGCAGAGGCCUGGCUGCUUGGAGCAAAGGCAGCAUGUUUGAAGUAUCCCAGUUCUGUAUCACUGAACAAACCCUGAGACAGUAGGUGUUUUGAGGAUUUGAGAAUGCUUUACAGCUUCACGUUGCUAAAUGUCGUCUUCUUCUGCGUGUUUUAUUUUUAAAUUAGAAAAGUGACACGUGUACAUUAUAAAAAACAUCAGGAUUAGUAUUCAAGAGAAUGAAAGUUUGCUUCUUCCCCUUCUGCCAGCUCCCACCUCCCCUGGCUUCACCCCCAAACUCAAUCCGUUUGAGGGUAUAACUCUUCAAAGCUUUCUUCUCUACGCAUGCCAGAAGGUACCCAGACAUGUAUUUAUGAAAAAGUUAGCAUUUUGCAGCCCACUUUUUUUUUUUUUUCCCUACUUCGUAGAAGGUGAUGGACAGUCUUCUAUAGCUUCUUGUUCAUUUCAGUGUCGGCAUAACCUGGGAUGGUGUGUCCGUAGCUGUGUGUUUAACCAUUUCCCUAUCACUGGAUCUUAAGGUUGCGUCCAAUCACUAAUAAUGCUGCAGUAAAUAUUCUUGUACAUGCAUCCUUUCACUUAGGUGAAUUUGUUUUGAGGACUAUAGAUAAAAUCACUAGUACACUAUUUAUUAUAUAAUUCAGGUAACAUGGGGCCAUCAAAAUGUACAUACUCUACCAUUCAAUUCCCCAAAUAUUCUUUUGGCAGUAAAAGCACAGCACAAACAUUAUGGUUUGAAAGUGGGACGAUAUGCAGCUCUUGCUUACAGGAGCCCACUUUUUAAAGUAGGGGAUUAGACAUUACACACUGACCCCAAUACCUUCCCUUUUAUUCACCCCCCCCUUGUUCCAAAAUCAUUAGAGAAGGCUACAAAGAUGCACGCAACCUGACACGAAAAAGUAAACCUAGACCAGAAAGAAAAUAAGUCGAAGGAAAAUGAGACGGAGGUAUGAGCGAGGUUGGUUAGUGUCCUUUGCAGUCCUCUUCCUCCUGGAAGUUCUGUCUGUCAGCUUUCCAGCAGCCAAAGACACAAGGCGAAGCAUCUGGAACAAGCUUCAGGGUGUCUAGAAGGGAAGCCAAAUCAGAGAAACCCAUCCACUCCUGGUUCUAGGAGGUGAAAGAAAAAGAAUUUUUUUUAAAAUCAAGAACAUAUUCAUUUUUGCAAUGGCCAGCAUUCCCAGCAACAUCCCUGGCACUGUACAGUAAAACCUAGUGACCUUGCUUUAUGAUGCUGUUUCAUAUUGUGUUCCUUGGUGCCAGUCAGGGGUGGCAUGCCUUGGCACUGCCCAGCGAAAGAUCAUUGGGGUGAGGUGUAAGUUCCUGGGUUUAAUCCAGAAAUAGCUUGAAGAGGAUACAUGACCAGUGAAAACAGCAAUCUGAUAUUGUUCCUGGACAAUUUUUUUUUCUACUAUAAGGUAGUAGAGAAUAUCUAAUUUUAGUGGAAUGUCUGUGAGUAGAAUCCAUUUGCCCAAGAAUGCUAGGCUUGCAACGUGCAAAGUGAGAAGUGCGGAUGUCGUAGAUGGCAUUAAUACAUUCCGACCACAACAAAGAUUAAACAGAAGGUUUUCCUUUAAAGUGAAAACGAGCAAACCUCUGCCCUUGGUCCACGCAGGGAGGAUGGUGUUCGCAUCAAUCAGCUCCCCAAGUUUGAAAGGUCGGAGCCCCCAUUCCAAGGAGCCUUGAGCACAUCUCCAAACUGAACAUUGGUUCGUAGGUUGUAGAACGCGAGCCUGUUACGGGGCUUAGCGAUCUACUGGCUGCGGUGGCUUAACCCUGGUUCGGAAAGCGGGGUGAGUUCGGCUUUCAUGAGCUGGAUCUGAGCUUUCCUAACCUCAUUCGCGUAAGACUUGCCUCAGAACAUUGCUCCAAACUAGUUCUUUAUUACCCAGUCUACCGCCGAGCUCGGGAAGUUUACAGGACCUGCCCUGGAUUUAAACCUGUGGUCUGUACUAAAUGUUAAACUCGAGGUCCCCUGAAGCCACCUCGGAUUGGUUUUGCAUAUCAUCCCCUCUCUGGCCUGUGACAUGGUUCAAGGAAACAUGACACUGUGUUUAGAUUCUGCCCCCCGUACCUGAUAGUGUCAAACCCGAUACUGAGUCAGAGAAGUCUCAUGUGUACUGGACAGCAGUGCAGUUGGGACCAGUUUGAGGCAAUGGCACUUCUUCUGGGAAGAGGUCAGAAGAGAAACCAGCCUCCAGGGCUGUCAGGUAGGGUUUUAAGUGGCUCUUAUGGUUCACUUAGAGAAUUUAGUAACCCUUUGGCUGACUUUUCAUUUAAGCCGUCCAGUUCCCUAAGCAGAUCAUAAGUGUAGACAAGCGUCAGGACCCCUCGGGCCAAGGUUUAAAAGGAGGGAGAAAUGAUCACUUUGCUUAAGACACAGAACAUCCUGUCACCGUGUGACUUGGUGCCACUGGGGAGAAAGGUGUUGCGUUUCCCAGUAGGGAAAGUGUGGGAAUAAGAAGAGACAGCCUUUAUCAAGUGCUGCUUUGAUCUCUUGCUGCUGAAUAACGAACCACCUCAAAACCCAGUGGCUUAGAACCCAGAUUUACUUCUCAUGAUUCUGUGGGUGGCUGGGCAGUUGCUCUGCUGGUGAUAGGCUCAUUCGUGGGUCUGCCUUCACAUGGAAGGUCAGCUGGCUGGGCUGCACGGUCCAGGCUGGCUGGCCACAUGGCCGGUGGUUGGUGUUGAGUGGUGCCCAUCAGCUAGGCAGCCCCGUGUGGCCUCUCAUUCUCCAGGAGCCUGGACGGGUUUCUUCACAUGGCAGUCUCAGGGCAAUGCUCCAAGAGAGUGACAGGCAGAUGUUGCCAGGUCCAUUGAGGUCUACCUGGGUUCUAGAACCUUCUCCUCUACGCUAUGGACCUGUCCUCAGGUGGCAGGGCCAACCCAGAUUCAUGGGGGCAGGGACACAGACUCCACCUCUGGGCGGUAGGAUGGCUGCAUCACAUUACAGAGGAAUUUAUGGGUCAUUAAAUGAAUCACCUCAAGUGGCUGCAUGUACCAAGCCUUGUGCUGGGUGAAUUUAACUCACCGAAGCCAUUUUUUUUCUCUCAUCUCCAUUUAUGGACUUGCAGGUCAUAUUCUUGGAGCCCCAAACCACUUGAUAAAUACUGGCCGGGCACUGGAUUCGAGCUCUCUCUCUCUCUAGCUGAAUGGAAUUCGGCUCAAGAGCUCAACAGGUUGAAGAAAUAUGGAUACCAGCUCCACACUGGUCAUCAGCAUUGUUAUCAUCGGCUUUUUCACCUUUCAGCUUCUCUUCCACUUUGUAAGUUCUUGGUUUUCAGCAAAAGUUUCUCCAGGUUUUAAUAAUCUCAACUUCAAAAAGAAGAUUGAAUGGAACUCAAGGGUCGUAUCCACAUGUCAUUCUUUGGUGGUUGGUGUGGUUGGCUUGUACAUUUUCUGGUUUGAUGAGGCUACCAUUGCUGAUCCACUUUGGGGUGAUCCAUCUUUUGUGAAGGUGAAUAUUGCUGUUUCUUCAAGCUACCUCAUUUCUGAUUUGUUUAUUCUCAUUUUGUAUUGGAAAGUGAUUGGUGACAAGUAUUAUAUAAUUCAUCAUUGUACAGCGCUGUAUGCCUACUACUUCAUACUGAGUGAAGGAGUGCUGGCCUACAUUGGGAAUUUUCGCCUGCUUGCAGAACUUUCUACCCCUUUUGUGAAUCAGCGAGAGGCAGCACCAUGUGAUGUCUCUCUGAUGUUUCUCCCCCAGGUGGUUCUUCGAAGCUCUGAGCUACCCCAGGGUUUCCAAGGCCUACGUCAUCAACGGGGUCCUCAUGACCGCCGUGUUCUUUGUCAUGCGGAUCGCCUCCAUCCCGCCCCUGUACGCCUACAUCUACUCCGUGCUGGGGACGGAAGCCUACAGGAGGCUUGGGGCUUUAAUCCAGUGCUCCUGGAUCUCGUCCUGUGUCGUUCUGGAUGUGAUGAAUGUCAUGUGGAUGGUCAAGAUUUCAAAGGGGUGCAUCAAAGUCAUCUCCCUCUUCAGACAAGAGAAAGCCAGAAGGAGUCUGCAGAACGGAAAGCUUGACUGAAAGGGGCUGCGAAACCCACCUUCGCUCCUGCCCACGUCGUUUCUAUCGAUAGGAUGAAUUCUUGGCGUGUUCUUGUGCUUCUGUAUGAAUUAUACCUGUUAUCCAUGUGUGUCAGUGUCUUUUUUGGUUUUUAAUCUUUAGAAAAGAGAAACUAAAGUUUAAUUUUUAUCCCGAGAUUGACUUCCGCAUUUUCUUCUGCAUUAGAAGCAUGGAUAACAAUCUUAAAAGUUUAAAUAAAAAUUUACGAAUACGGUGGGGAAUCUUUUUCAGAAAUCUGUUCGCCUGCCUCGGUGUGUUCCUCUGUGAAAUGAUGACUGUGCUAAUUUGGUGCACUUGGGUUUGUGUCACCAAUUUUGCUGAAAGAAUGGGAACUGCUUUUAAAUCUGUAAAUAGCUCACCAAUCUCUAAAUGGCUGUCAGUACCUGCAUUCAUCUCUUAUUGUGUCUGUCAGUACCUGUGUAGGGUUUCAUUUACAAAUUGUUGAAAUGUUCUUUUUCUUAGGCUAUUAGGAGUGAUGUCUUUUUCAUUUGGAUAUGAUGUCAUCUACUAAUAAUGAAGUAUUUUGCUUAUUUGGGGAAUUUUUAAUUGGUUCAGUCAUGGAAAAUAUUUCCUACAUUUUUAGAUUUUUCCGACGCUAUUAUUUCUAUUUUUAACAUUUUAUCAAAUUAUUCCUUUUUUCUUUUGUAGUAAAGCUUAGGACUGAUCUAAUAGAGCGCCUUAAGAGAUGAAUUCUUCCUUCUAAACAUGUAUGUUGUAGAUGACUCUAGGUUAUAGGAGGAAUCGUUAAGAAAAAAAGCUUUAAUACUGCUGUCUCUCUCUGCUUCCCUUACCCUUUUUCUAUGAAAAAUAUAUUAUUCCUAUUUGCAAAAGCUCUCGAGCUCAAAACCCAACUCAUUAGCACCAAAGUCUUAUUCAGUAUGUAUUUAUCAUGCUCCUACAGUAGGCCUCUUCCUGAGGAGACCAAACCAGGAAAAAAACAAAAAUCAGUAUUCAUAGCUCACUAGCAACUUACACUCAGGCUUGCGUCCUCAGCAUUUUGAGCGCUUUGAAUUUCUUAUCUUUCCUAAAGGACAGGAAAAAAGUAAUUUGAUCUAAGUAUUGUGAUGGUUAAUAUCACUGUUCUCUGUGAAGAUAAAUGGCUGGGAGUGUUUUUGGGUUUUUUUGGGUUUUGUUUUUCUGUUGGUGGGUGUGAGUAUAUGUUUGCUUUUGCUUUGGUUCUUAAAACCUACACAGAGAAUUCUAUAGUUAUCUAUUAUUGCUUUUAUUUAUUUUUCUCAAGGACUUGAUUUUAAUGAUGGGUCUUACCUGAGGAAAAGAAUUUAAUCAGUGGUGAAUGUUUUAACUGAACCCAAACCAAAAGAUCUAAUCGAUCCGUUUCUCAGUUUGAAGGAGAACUUUUGACUCUCAUUGAUCAUGUUGUGAUGAUGAAGCUAGGCUAGCUGGAUGUUUCAAGACCUCUGAUUUGAUUUGAUUGAUUUGAUUUGGCGUCCAGUGCAGAUAGAGCCUGAUAAGUUGCAGAACAUUUAAAGAAGGUGAUUGAGAUCUCAGUAACUAAAUGAUAAAAUGAAAUUGAUUGGCUUAUACCAGGUAUACUUAUUUUUGAAAUUAAGUGGAUUUCUGGAUCCUGAAAGACUUGGUUAAAGUAAUGUAAAAUAUAGCUAUUUGUUUUUAAAUCUCCCAAUAGUACAAUGAUAAUUUGUUGCUAAAUUUAGUGCCUUUUUUUACCCAUAGGCACUUAAACAUGUAUUGGUUGUUUAGAGAAGGUAGGAAAGCUCGUGGUUUUUGUUUGUUUGUUUUUUUCCUUGUUCUUGCUCUUUUGCAAGGAAAAUGGCUUUUUAAAAGGAAAACAUUUAUAUUAGAAAACUAUUUUGGAAAUUUCAUUCCUUUAGGAAGAAACGAAACAUGAAAUAGAUAUUUUUGACUCUUUGGAUAUUUCUAUAGUUUCUGAACACAGAUUUUAAACUCAUCAUCAAAAAGAAGAUAAUAUAAAGCUAUAUAAGGUUAGUGCAUUUCCAUAUAGUGGUUUGUUUUUACAGUUGCUAUUUCAUGUGUAAAACUUCAUCAAUAGCAGCUUUCAGUAGUAGAGCCCCUCAGUAAGUAAGUGUAUUUAAAAUAUCAGUGUGGCAAACCAAAGUUUGUUAUUCCUUUAGUCAUUCAAAACUGAUUUUAUGCUGGCUGUGCGACAGCUAAUUUAACAUCCAGACUCAAUAUCCAAAAGUAGAUUCUGCGUACCUGAAACGGAAAGGACACUACAAGCUGCCUUGCUACUUUACGUGAUGUCUUUACAGGAGCUCUACUUUUGCUGCCCUGUGAUUGGAUCCACCUACCUGAGAUACAAGUAGUUAAAGACAGAACAUUUCAUUUAUUAAAUGAAGAACUUUUGCUAGACAUUUUACAUAUUAAAUAUUUUGACUAUACAGAUUAAAUGAUUCUAUCAGGCAUUCUGGUAUUUAACAGCUGUUAAAAUAUUUAUAGAAAAUGAAAGCAAAUUGGUAUAAAUUUUUAAACAACUAUUUUUGUAGAAAAAGAUUAGUGACAACGCAUAAAGAUGUUCUCUGAACGUGUCGGCUUCUAGAAAUAAAAAUUCUUACAAAAUUUUGAACAUGAAAAUCGACUAAAUAGCAUGCAAGAUCAUGGACUCUGCCUUAGAUAUUUUAUUUGGGAGAAUUCAAAAAUUAGGAGCUUGAGUUUAUAGAGCUUGCAUUGUGUCUAAAAUCUUUUUAAUGAAUACUAUUUGCAUUUAUUGAAAACUCAUAAUGGAGUUAUGUAUGAAUGCAAAGAAAUGAACUCCUUAAAUUGUGUGAUAUGGUAAGUCGAAGUGCAGUGUUUGUUCCACCUGUGCCAUGUUGUUAUUUCAUGGACUGGCCCUACGUUAAGAGAAAUAACAGUGUCUUCACCAUUCCGAAGGGUGACAGAAUGUGGAUGACCCAAGUGCUGUUGGGAAGGUCUAGUUUUAGAAACUGCCUAAUUUACGGGGGUUGGAAUCAAACUCUUUUCUAAACAUUAAUAACCUAUCUGAUUCAAGUUAAAUUUUUGCUGAAAGUCACAGUUUUAAAAUGGGACACUUUCUCUGAGGUGCACUGGGCAUUUGGAGAAUGGUUCUUGCCUUGACUCUUGGUUAUGCCAUCUGUUAUCACGUGUUUAGAAGGAUUCUUCUCACGGAGAUGCAUGGGGAGAGUGAUAUGAUAUUCAUGUUUAUUCUGCUUCAUUUUUAAGGAAAAUAAACAUGUUCCAAAAGACACCACUAAAAUAAGCGUUUGAACAAAUUUCAGUUUCUAGGUUGUUCUUAAUGCCACCUAAGUAAACAUAUACAUUUGAAUUGACUUUAAGUGGUUUCGUCUGUUGGAUGAACUUGACACGUCCGUGUCACUGUUGACAUCAACCGUUAUACUUCACAGAAGACCAUGUAUUUGUGUGUUUUGGAUUCCUUAAGAAGUAAACUCAAAGAAAAAAGGAAAAAGCAAAUGCAUAUAAUUGUAUCAGAAGGUGCACAGUGUGUCUCAACAGGUACCACCAGGCAGCGAGACCCUCCCGCGCCGAGACCCCGGGGUGCACACACCUGCCCAGCCUUGACCGCACCUGGUUGAUGACACACGAAAGCUCCCAAAAGUGAAUUGUGGCGCAGUGACUCUGAUAAGUGUGAGAACAAGGAAAACUCAGCCGGACCUGGGGUUGGAGCAAAUACCACCACGAUGCUCCUGCUUCAAUCUGGAAGUUUCCUCUCUCAAUCCUUUGAGCCCGUCCAUGUCUUCACACCCUAAAGACUGCAUCAGCACUUCCCUCCUUUAUGCCAACACCUUUCUGUGUCAACUUUUGAGGCUCCCCCAACCCAUAAGCUUUCUGGUCUAUUGGGGCAAAUUUAAAAGUUUACAAGUACGUUCUUUCAUUGAAAAGAAAAGCAUUGCAAGACGUUUAAGUAGCGAACAGACAGACCAUAAUUUAUUGAGGCUUUAGGAAGCCAUUUAGCAUGUAGUCAUACUUAUUUAUAACACCAAGCAAAGCUAAUAAUGUUACAGUUUUAUUGAGAAACAGCUGUGGUCUCUUUUUCUUAAACUGGUUUAGCAACAAGAGCUUUAUAACAUGUUUCAGCUGGGGAUUCAUUGUCGGCCUGCAAAUUAUCCAAAUGUUUUUCCUUGGGCCCUGUGACAGGUGGAAGAGGCGGCUCUGUGUUAUGAAGAUGUUACCAGGAGGGUGUGCCGGCCUGUGGCAGGGUUACUGAGUCUUGCUCUUUAAUCCAGCAAACUUAGUUCUGGUCCUGUUUCUUCUCAAAACAAAAGCUUCCCAGCAAACGGAUUGCGUGGGGUGUUUUCCAAAGUACAACCCGAGGACUUGAGCCCUCUCCCUCGUUAGCCCAGACCUCAGACUGUCUCCAUUAGCUUUGAUAAGGUUAUACUUUUCUCGGAAGGGGUUUUGGAUGGCAAUGAAGCUAAAGAUUGCUUUAUUCGCAUUGAAAAUGUUUACACUGAUUCCCUCUGGGUAGUAGACUGUUUUGAAAUCAGCUCCUAGAUUUAAGACCAAAAAAAUGAAAAAAUAAAUAUUUCUAAAUCUCAAAGAUAUAAUACCUCUGGCUGAAAACUUGUUAAUCAUCAUCUGUAUGUGUUUUUUCAUGUGCUUCUGUGUAAUUCUUUCUGUACUGAAGUGUGCAUUAAGGUGUGUCCUACUUCUUGGCUAAUGAAGCCUAAAAAUAUACCUGUAAAUAAAAUACGCCAUAUAUUUUUGUUUCUUGCUUGUUUUGCUUGUGUAGUAUUAUGACUACUUUUUACUCAAGGAAUUUUUGCAUAGAUCAUAUGCUCUUACUAACUUGUAAUGGGGAUGAGUCGUGAGAUUGAUAGUUAUUUGAUUUUGUAAUAACUUUUAGGCCUAGAUUUAAUUAGAAAAAGUUACUUGAAAACUGCAGUAAAUGUGAUUGCUCUAGUGAUACAGGAUUUUUUUUUUUUUCUGAGAAUGUAUCACAUUAAUGUUUAAUUGUCAGACAUUUUGGAAGUCUUUCAAAAUGUAUGUAUUAACAUUUUGAGAACACAUCUUCAAAUGUAUUUCCGUAAGGCUGAAAAGCUUUUGUUUGAUUUACAAAAUGCAAGACUCGAUAAUUUACAAAUCAUCGUCAUCCAGAUUUAUCAGCAAUUAAAGUAGCGAUUUAGGAUUCUUUUUGGUUUCUGGUUGUGCUUUGUUUGGAAGGAUUCAUAGGCAUCUUUAGGUAUUCCCUUAAAAUUUUGAAAAGUUUGUAUUCUUUGUAUGUGUGCCAUGUUAAAGUAUAUGCAAGUUCUAAGCAAUAAUUGCAUGUUAUACAAGGUUGGCAUUACUUUGUCAUGAUAGUUUUGUUAUUUGAAGAAUGUAUAAAAUCAAUAUCCUACAUAUAAAUCACUCCUCCCCCCACCCGCGGGCCCACAAGGAGAAUGUUGGGGUUUUCUUGUGUUAGAACACUACUAUAAUGUGGCGCCAAGCUUUGUAUUUUGUGAAGAAAAUAAAAUCGCAAUUCUUUAGUGCAAAAA